UAAAAAAGUACCUGGUUUGCUUGGAAUAUUGUAUGAUAGUGGAAAAUUAAAAUACUAGUACGAAAAUUGUAUUUAUAAUUAACCACCAGUAAAACAGUAGAAUACAUAAUAAUGGGUUACGAAGAAAGACGACACCACCGUACUAGAUCCCGUUCCCGAUCACGUUCUCCCCACUCACGUGAACACCAUCAUCGAUGUCAUGGUAAAUCGCGAGAUCGUGAACGCUCGCGCGAACGUCAUUAUCAUAAAUCCUAUCGUCGCAAACCCUCGCUGUACUGGGAUGUACCACCACCCGGUUUUGAACACAUCACUCCCAUGCAAUAUAAGGCCAUGCAAGCUUCUGGUCAAAUACCAGCUAGUGUUAUACCCGAUAUACCACAGGCUGCUGUACCGGUUGUAGGCUCUACCAUUACCCGUCAGGCCAGGCGUUUAUAUGUUGGCAAUAUACCGUUCGGAGUGACAGAAGAUGAAAUGAUGGAUUUCUUUAAUCAACAAAUGCAUUUGGUGGGUCUAGCACAGGCAGCCGGCAAUCCUGUAUUGGCAUGUCAAAUAAAUUUGGAUAAAAAUUUCGCUUUCUUGGAGUUUCGCUCGAUUGACGAGACCACUCAAGCUAUGGCUUUUGAUGGUGUCAACUUUAAGGGUCAAAGUUUGAAAAUUCGAAGGCCUCAUGAUUAUCAACCGAUGCCAGGAAUGAACGAUGCACCAGCUGUUAAACCCACUGUUGUAUCGCCGACCGCUAUUUCAACUGUUGUACCCGAUUCUCCACAUAAAAUAUUUAUUGGUGGUUUACCAAAUUAUUUAAAUGAUGACCAGGUUAAGGAACUUUUGUUAUCAUUUGGUCAGCUAAGAGCUUUCAAUUUGGUCAAGGAUACAGCAACGGGUCUCAGCAAAGGUUAUGCUUUCUGUGAAUAUGUCGAUUUGGGCGUUACCGAUCAGGCUAUAGCUGGUCUUAAUGGCAUGCAAUUGGGUGAAAAAAAGCUUAUAGUACAAAGAGCCAGUGUUGGUGCUAAGAAUGCACAAAAUAACACAACAACUGCAGCACCAGUGACAAUACAGGUCCCUGGCUUAUCUACUGUCAUAACAACCGGUCCACCUACGGAAGUUUUAUGUCUUCUCAACAUGGUCACUGCUGACGAACUGCGUGACGAAGAGGAAUAUGAAGAAAUUCUUGAAGACAUUAAAGAGGAAUGCAAUAAAUAUGGCGUUGUACGCAGUGUCGAAAUACCACGUCCCAUUGAUGGUGUCGAUGUGCCCGGUUUGGGUAAAGUAUUUGUCGAAUUCAAUUCGGUUAUCGAUUGUCAAAAGGCUCAACAAGCCCUGACCGGUCGAAAGUUCAGUGAACGUGUUGUGGUCACUUCCUACUAUGAUCCUGAUAAAUAUCAUAGACGUGAAUUUUAGACAAAUAUGUGUGUGAGUGUGUAAUUUUUAAAUUGUUAAUAAUUUUAUCUUGAUAUUUAGAUUCUAAUUUGUAUAAAUUAUAUUUACAAAAUACAUCUUUUUAAUAAUAUUAAGAAUAGUCAA